AAUUGUCAUAGUCUAAAACAGACCAAUAGCAUGAGCGAUAACGUGGCCUUGUAAAACAUCUGUCACAAAAUUACUGCUCUUUUCAGACGAGGUAGCAAAGUUAACAGCAACGUACGAUGGCGAUGUUGAAAAGCAUUGUACUAAUUAUGUGCUUACAUUCGCUAACCUAUUCAGGCGUGGAGGCUGUUCCUAGUAAAAAGACAAAUGAUGUAAAUAAGGGUGAUGUGCAGUUAGCAACAAAGGAUGAUAUAAGAAAUGUGCUGGAAUUAAUGAAAAUUCAGGAACAAAAAAUGUAUAAUCUUGAGAAAGAAGUGAAAAUUAGGGAUAAAGCUUUGGCCCGUCAAAGCGCAGCGGUGUUCAAACUGGAAAGAAUUGUCCUACAACAGUCUCAGAAAAUAUCUAGACUAGAGCUUGAUGCGAGCGAAAGAAAUGCUAAACUGAAAACGAAACUGAAAUCUUUCGGAGAAAACUGUAACAUGAUUUGUAAAUUUGAUGGCAGCGUUUCAAAUUAUUCUAACACCAUGGAAAGUAAAUCCAGUUCGGCCGAUGAAUCGGAAGAGGCCGCAAGGAAAGGACACCCGGACCAGAUGACGAAAAUACAUUUUCCGAACAGAGAAAUUAGAAGAGUUCCUUCUACCAAAAGCUCACCCAGCAUCGCUGUGUCAUUCUCGGUGUACUUGUCCCACUUGUUAAACCAUUUAGGAGAGAAGCAAGUUGUCAAGUUCGACAGAGUUAUCACAAACAACGGAAACGGUUACAACACGCACACCGGAGUUUUCACCGUACCAGUGACAGGGACGUAUGUUUUCAUCUUCUAUGUUAGCUCGUCUGACUCCAGUGUUGAGUUUAAUUUGAUGGCAGAUGAUUCCCUAAGAGCAUCUGGUAUAGCAAGGCCAAAUGACUUCAGCCAAGAUAAAGAUGUCCAAGGUGGCGGUACAGUCAUUCUACAUCUGAACCAAGGCGUUUCUGUAUGGAUCCAGAACACAUACGCUGAGAGUAUAGUGUUCAGUACUGACACGCACAGAUGGGUGACAUUUUCCGGUUUUCUGUUAUACUAGCUAUACAAUAAUUAAAGAAGUCUCGAAAAGUCAA